AUGGAUUCUCACAGGUCGAGGUCUCCAUCGACCCCUUCCGAGGGUGAGAUCAUCGAAUCAGGUUCGGAGACGAAGGCAACUACGUCGCAAACUUCUCUUAAUGGCACCAGCGUUGACCGUCCCACCAGACCAUCUUUAUCAUCGGCGCCCAGAUCUCCUGCCUCACUGACCCGGUCGCCGCGCCCACGGAGAUCGAGGACGAGAUCGAGGUCGAGAACGCGCUCGCGCUCCCCUUCCUCGCCCUAUCGCGAUUUCAGAGGGGAGAAGCGUAGACGUGACGAUGAUUUUUAUGACGACAGGCGCGUCCGGCAUGCACCUCCUCCCCCUCCUCCGCGACGGUACGAGUCGAGAUACGACGACAGAUACUACGAUGACCGGUCGUACGAUCGAGGUUACCGCGACCGACGCCGCAGGCCUUACCAUGACUACGAUCGAGAGCAAGGAUACGGUGGCAGCCUGCGAUACACCGACGAUUAUGACAGGCCUCGGGACAAGCGCCACAGAACGCGUAGCCGGUCACCGUAUCGAGACGUGAGGAAGCCGAAGCAGUAUUCCGGUGACGAAAUGGAACCGAGGAAAAAUGAUUUUUCGGUCCGACAGGCCGGGGGAAGGAGGGAUUCUACUGAACAGUCAGUGAGCGAACGGGGCAAGACCCCAGUCGUCGCUCAAGAAUCUGGAAAAGAGGCUGAAACUCGAGAGAAUCAGGUGCAGCAGCAGGAUUCUACCGAUGCUCGUCCCCGUAAAGUGACUAUUGUUGAUGCUCCAGCUACGGAAAAGACUCACGAAGAGCCAGAGCCGCAAUUAUCCGAGCCAACAGAUGAGGCUGCUCGUCUAGAAGAACGCCGGAGACGGCGUGAAGCUAUUAAAGCUAAGUAUAGAAGUCAGGCGACUCCUUUGCAGCUUCAGGCACUGCGUAUUGGGGCUGAAACAGAUCCCUCAACUCCGAGUACGGAAAGUGCCAGCCAAGUGGCGUCUGUUUCCCCGCAAUUGUCGUCGUCGGUGACACCAAAUGAGACUAGGGCUCCGUCUCCUGAGAUUAAUCUCUCGAAGGAUGAGAACUUGGCCAACGGAGUCGUUCCCACUGACGGCGUGGAUGGAGAUGACCCUUCUGCCGCCGAUUACGAUCCAACCGUUGAUAUGAGAGAGGAGAAGCAGCGACAUGAUCAAAGGCAUUUCGGUGACGAAGUUUCCUCUACCGCCUACGAUGAGACUAGAACCGCAAAACAGGACGUGCUCAUGCCUGAUGCUCCCGGUGCGGUGCCACCACCAGCUGCACCGGUAAAAGAGAGAGACCCUUUUGACAUGUUUGCCGAGGACGACGAUGAUAUGUUCGCUGAAGAGUCUCAAGAGACUUCGCGGCCUGUACAUGCCACUGCAACCGCCGUUCCGCAGCCUCAAGAGCUGGACAUGAGCAUGAUGGACAAUUGGGAUGACCCAGAAGGCUAUUAUAAUGUGAGGUUGGGUGAGUUAAUCAACGGCCGAUAUCACAUCCAGCAGAAUCUUGGAAAGGGUAUGUUUUCAUCAGUGGUACGUGCGACAGAUUCAAAGACAGGGAAGCUUGUUGCCAUCAAGAUUAUCCGCAACAAUGACACCAUGAAAAAGGCGGGUAUGAAGGAGAUCGCAAUCUUGGAGCAGCUCCAGGCUGCGGAUCCAGACGACAAGAAGCACAUUAUCAGGUUUGAGAGGUACUUUGAUCACAAGGGCCAUUUGUGUAUGGUGUUUGAGAACCUCAGCAUGAACCUUCGCGAAGUUCUGAAGAAGUUCGGACGAGACGUUGGUCUCAACUUGCGGGCGAUCCGAGCCUAUGCUCAGCAGAUGUUCCUUGGGUUGAGUCUGCUUCGCAAAUGCGGCAUUCUCCAUGCGGAUCUGAAGCCUGAUAAUCUGUUGGUGAAUGAACACCGGAACGUGCUGAAAGUGUGCGACUUGGGAUCAGCAUCGCCAGCCACCGAGAACGAGAUCACUCCGUAUCUCGUGAGUCGAUUCUACCGAGCACCUGAGAUCAUCCUUGGUAUGCCGUACGAUUACUCUAUCGACGUGUGGUCGAUCGGUUGUACCUUGUAUGAAUUGUACACCGGCAAGAUUCUCUUUACUGGGCGCAACAACAACCAGAUGCUGCGGUCCAUCAUGGAGUGCCGUGGAAAGAUCCCUCCUAAGCUGCUGCGAAGAGGCAGUCUUACCCACCUUCACUUUGACGAUCUUCUAAACUUUAGAAGCGAAGAGCAAGACAAGACAACUGGACGAAUUGUCACCAAAAUCCUUGACUUUAAGAAGCCAACGCGCGACCUGAAAACGCGGCUGAUGGGAAAGGACACGCGGGGACUCGGGGAUGCAGAAGCGAAAGAACUUGCGCAUUUUGUGGAUCUGCUGGAUCGGUGCUUGAAUAUCAAUCCAGAGAGACGAUGCACUCCGAUGGAGGCACUCAAACACCCAUUCAUCGCGCGGCCCAAGAAUUAACUUAUUUACUCUGAUAGACAUAGUUGACGUGCACGACUCUCGAGUGGUUAUUUAGAGGAGCUUCUUCAGCUCUAUCCAUGUAUAUCGGCCUUGGACGCUAUGGUGUCGUGUUAUAUCAUUCGAUCUUAGAUCUGUCUUAGGAUGGCAUGCAGUUGACAAUAACUGUAAAUACUUAAUUAUACCAUGACCCUUUCAUUUUCACUUGGCAAGACGGCUACGGCGGAUUUGUAUCUAAUUUUGCCGUCCAGUCGAGAAAAUAGAUUACCAGAAGAAUGAUCCAGUCAUUUCUGUCCCGGUAUAUGGAUAUGUCUUGUAGGACACAUUGCAGAUAUCAUAGAGUAUAAAAUUCGA